CUAGGCGACGAUAUACAUAGAUAAAUACAUACUUAUUUAUAGAAAACACCCGUGAUUCAGGAACAAAUAUCUGUGUUCAUCACACAAAUAAAUGCUACCGGGAUUUGAAACCGGAACCAUCGGCAUCACAAGCAGGGACAGUACCCACUAGGCCAAACCAGUCGUCAGUCGUAAAGUUUGAACACUGUGUUUGUCUUUUACUUUAACCUUCCAUGUGUGUAAUGGUUAACUAUCAUAGGCUCAAACCUCAGUCGUGACGAAUAGAGCAGAAAAAUCGUUCUCGAAAAAAACGCAUAAAAUUGACUAUUAAUUUGGCUAUGUAAACACUACUAGAUAAGAUUAUAAUUGCAUGUAGCAAGUGAAAAUGUAGACAACGAUUAAUCUAUUUUAUCUACCUAAAUACUUUAAAUAACUAAGAAAGCAUAAUUACGAGACUGCUGAACUAAUUUUCCUAUUGUAAUGUUGCGUAAAAAAAGUACAUUCAUCCAAUCCAUUCAUACUAAUUUCUCUGAAUCGACCUGUCGUUAAUCGUUAAAUCCCAAGAAAAACGAGAGCUUAUUUGCCAUAUUUUCUCGACGUUAAAAGCCAUUUUUAUACGUAAAGCGCUCCGUUUAAACGGAGCGACAACCCAACUCCUAAUCCCAUCUCGCGAACGCAACAUUAAUGCAUUUUUAUCAGAUCACUAAAUUGAGCAUCAAAAUUGACUAAAAAACCAUUACUCACUCUGAUGGACUCCCCGUCCUAGUCAGAAAGGGCUAGAGCCCCGGAGACACCCGACUGUGUCCGAGUGUACCCGAGGCCCGACCGACGUCCCGACUAGUCGCUAAACAACCUCCGCCGACCGCGCUACUAUCCAACCUCCUUCACUUUUCACAUGUGAUAAACUUUUUUUGUAAUAGUGCAGUGACCGUUAUACAGUUCGAUAUUUAAAUUUUGAAUUUGUAAUUUUUUUAAAUUGUAUAUAGCGCGAUGGGUAUCGUUGAAACUGCCAGACGGCGACUGUAGGCCGUGUGCUUAAGGUCGGGCUCCGGCAGCAUGUUUUCCCUGUGUCGCCGGUACAAAGAUGAGCACGAACAUGGCGGCACACAAAUUAAGGGAGGCUACAUGCUGCGAUACAAGAGGAAAUACCUGUGGAACUCGUGGUCGGAGGAGUGGGUGGUGUUGUACGACGACUCAACUAUGGCAUGGUUCAAGGACGCAUCAGGCAAAUGCAUGGCCACACAAAAACACCUCGUGAAGGAGUGUCCCGAGAUGCUGGCCAUCUCCACGUGGACGGGACAGGUUCCGAGACGGCCAGCGUUACCACCAGGGGCAAAGCUGUCCCAGUUGAUGGCGCUAGGAUCGCGGCAGAGUCCAGGGCAUGUUGUGUGGAUGCUCGCUAAAAAUGAUGAGGAGAUGAAAGAUUGGAUGAACGCCAUAUCAAAAACGCUGCCGCCACCACCGCACAUCGAGCUCGUCAUGUCCAUGCCGUACCUUCGCACCGCCUUCAAGAAACCUACGGUUAGAGUAAGACCCACAUCGUCGGAGAUGUACAACCGACAGCGGAACUCGUCUGGCGCUCUGGACAGCAGAGGGCUGGUGGCAGUCAUCAAGCGGCAGGUCCCGCUGGCAGGCCAGCUGGGGCACGAGCUCGCCUGGGGGCAGGGGUGGGGAUGGGUCACGCUGCCGAACGGCGUGUGGAGCGGACGUCUCACCUGGUCCCAAGACGGCGACGACUUCGCCCUUCACGCGAUGCCCAUCAUGCACCACACCAACGUCUCCCAAGCCUGCUCCAUGCUCGACGGUGUCACGGCGUACGAAGCGUCCGCGUACGACCAAGCCCUCUCCGAGUAUGACGACUCAGGCACCAGCGAUGAUUGGGACAUGGGCGUCGAUUGCGGGGAUUUCAUGAUGUAAACUGAUGUUCUGGCCACCCUAGUGCGUGUUAUUGAUGACGGAAGAGAAGUGGAAGAAAAGCUCGUUCCUUUGCAUUU